AAACGACCUAAUUUACAUUUCUAACUACCACCGAUAAAGGGAUCUUCAACGAGCACAAUUUAGUUCUCUUCGUUCCAAACUCAAACCUUUCCUUCAGCUGACAAGCCUAUUUCAGUGAAGUGCAACAAACCAUAUACAUGGAUCUUGGUAGUUUUGCUUGCAGGAUUGGUCUCCUCUUUAGUCUCCUGAUUCUGCUGGGAGUUCACCUUCAACAAGGUCGUCCCACUGAAGUGCACGGGGAGAAAUGGAACAAAUUGACAGUUAGCCACGACCAAAACGACGCCAGCAAGCAGAUGGAUAUGCGUUUUUCCAUUGUUGAUUCCAAGGACCCUAAUGUCUUGCGACUGCAUAGCAUGGAUGUUGAUGAUCAGGAACAUAACAAGAAAGAUGAUGCUGAAAAAGGAGAAACUCGGACAAGGGAUGUUCAAGCUCACGCUCAUACCUCGUCCCAUAUGAUGAAUCAUAUGGAUUUAUCAACAACUGUGUUCUUCCUUUUAGAUGACCUCAAGUUAGGCAAAACUAUGCCCAUCUAUUUCCCCGACAGAGAUUUGACUUCUUCAUCCUCUCCUCCUCUGUUGUCUGAAACUGAAGCAGAUGACAUUCCUUUUUCAUCGCAACAACUCCCAAACCUUCUUCGACUCUUUUCAUUCUCUCCAGGAUCUCCCCAGGCCAUAGCCAUGGAAGAUACACUAAGACAAUGCGAGAUUGCUCCCAUCAAAGGGGAAACCAAGUUCUGUGCUACAUCCUACGAGUCGAUGAUUAACUUUGCUCGAGAAAUCUUGGGGUCUGAAGCCAACAUCAAAGCACUAUCGACAAUUCAUCUUACAAGAUCAGUUGCUGGCGUACGGCAAUAUACUAUUAUACAAGUUCCUCGACGAGUUUCAGCUCCAACUAUGGCAGCCUGUCAUACCAUGCCCUAUCCCUAUGCAGUAUUUUUCUGCCAUCAUCAAGAGAGCGAGAGUCAGGUAUACAAGAUUUCACUGUACGGCGAAAAUGGUGAAAGGGUUGAAGCUAUUGCUGUUUGUCACUUGGACACCUCUCGGUGGAGCCCUAAUCAUGUCUCCUUCCGUGUGCUUGGAAUCAAACCAGGGACUUCUCCUGUUUGCCAUUUCUUUCCAGCAGAUAACUUUGUCCUGGUUGCGUCCACUUCUUCGAUCUAGUCGCGUAUUUCUGCUGAAGUAUCCAUGGCUGAACUGCUCUCUAUCAUUUUCUAGUACUUGUAUGUUAGACUUGUUGUUCAAUUGUACUGUUCGGUUUUCAAUACUUUUCUUGGGGCAAAACUACUAUGAAAUAAAACGGGAAAUUUAAACCGACUAA